AUGGCUUCUCAAGCGCAUCAAGUUUUCUACAUUGAAGAUCCUAUUAUGGAAGGCCUUCAUUAUGUUAUGAAAAUGGUUCCUAGAGAUUUAUUUGACCUUCAACAAUCCAAUUGUUCGAACAUUCAAGAUGCUUUUGGGGAAAGCAUAAUGACUUUAACAAUGAUACGUGUGCUACAUGUGAUGAUGACCCCAUUAGAUGGGCUAGAGAAGAUGCAACUCGUUGAAACUCUACAUGUGCCUCCACAUAUUUUAGAAGCUCAACAAUCAAAUGUUGUAGUAGAAGAGGAUUCCGAUAUAGAUGAUACCGAUUAG